UGAAGUGUUAUUUUAACUCACUGCGAUUCAAAUAAUGUUCAGUGUUGGAGUUAUUUUGGCCAAAUCAAGCUCAUUGAACACUGUAGAGAGUCAAGGCCCCUGGGCUCCCGCCUCGGAAACCCUGUGGAAGAAAGUGCAUCGUGCUGGUAAUUUUCCAUGAGCUGCGGAAGGUUUCAUCAGUGCUGUAAAAGGUUCUUCACAAGUGGUCAAUUGGUGUUGCUCUUCAGCUUCGGAAGUUCUCAGCUGGUAAACCUUAAAUGAAGGAGUAAAAUGCUGGUUCAGGUUCGCUACCACCAACAGCAGAAAUAUGUAAAGGUGGAUGAAGUUGAUGGAGAGUUUGAUUUCAUGCAACUGCAUGAAAAAGUCAUCGAGAGGUUUUGCCUGCCACCUGACGUAAAAGUAGUAUACAAAGAUGCAACAGGGACAGAAGUUGACGAAGACAUUUUCAAUGACCUUGUCAGCCAAGGCAGCGUUCUUUUAACAGUUUUCCCAAGUGAUGAGUUUACCGAUUGCUCCUUGUCCUCUCCAUCUGAACGGUCUGACUCAAGCUUCAGUUCAAGUGCAAAUGCAUCAACUAUACUUCUAGAUGAGAUCCCAAGGAAAAAAUCAAGAGUUAAAGGAACAAUCAAUGCAGUUUCUGCAAAAAAGUUGAUCGAAGCUGUACUCGGAACCAGUUCCGGUGGUGAGGAGGUCCUUGAAGAAUAUCACACAUCACAGACUCUUAAAGAUUCUACCAGAAGAAAGCUGGUCAGUAUAAUAGUGGCCCACAUGAUUGAUAAACACAGACAUAUCCCUACCAAAGCUGUUAGAGAAGAAUAUGCUCUUGGGAUAGUGACACUUUUUCCAUCCCUGAAAGACCCAUACUCCGAGAAAGGCUAUGUAUAUAUAAUUAUAAUUGUAAUAUUUGUUGAGAUAGUAUUUAUGUUUUGUGUUGUUGGGUUCUGGGUGGGCAUUUUGAUUUCUGAUAUUCUUAAAAAUGACAGACAAUGCACAAUAAGUGUUAAUGAAUUUCCAUUUCAGGAACUCUUCUAUGAUUCUGCAAGCAGUACAGGAUACAUUUCUUGGCGUCUUAAGACAAUCCAGAGAAAGUAUCGACGAGAAUCUACCACUUCAAAUAGCCUCACUGGCCUUUCUCAAGGACAAGGGGGCCCUAAAUUCCAGAGAUCUGUUGUAGUUGAGGAGCAGCAGUUGGAUGGAGAUGCUUGUCAGGAGGCAAUGUCUUUGCUCAACCAUGCCACAGACACUACACUAAUUUUUCGAAAGAUGAAAGAGACGUUUCAGCAUCGGCAAAAACUCGUCAAUGACUCAGACAAAGCACUUGACAUCCUGUCGAUCUUCCCGAGAUUCCUGGAUACCACAGGAUUGGUGAAUCAAGACUUCAUUCUCUUGUUUAAUGACGAGGUAUCCAACCGGCUGCUUCAGCGAUGGGACCCGAUCUUUAGAUGUAACGUUAUCAAAGAAGCCAAGCAGCUCACUUCAACACCAGAGCUUCGUCAGCUGUUGCAUUCAGCAGAGAGUCCACAAGGCAGUGAUGAGACAAUGACUCAUGACGCAGAGAUGGCCUCGCUUUUGUUGCUGUUAUAUCUUCCACCACCACCUGGGGGGCCAAAGUAUCCAAAAAUCAGCGCCUCUGAUGCAGUUAAAAAAGUUGACUUUCUCAAGUCUUGCUGCAUUUUGGAGGAGCAUCUUCAGAAUCAGCACAACCAUUAGCCGUACCUCCUUGCCGUUGGUCGCGAAAAGAGGAACAUCAACAGAUUCUACAUCUCCAUUGACAACCAUCUCAUCCCAUGCCAGGCAAACCGCUCCCUUGGGGCAUUUGAUGAACUUUUUAAAGCUCAUUGUGUUUUCAGUGUGUCUUAUGAUGGUGCACUUCUGAAUUUCUACACCUUUUUGCAGACAACAGUUUAUAAUAUUGAUAUGGGUAAAAUUAAGGUUUCACCAAGAGUUCGAGACAUGAGAGCCAAACUCCUUAUCCAGGAGGUGCUUCUCACAAUCCAGAUUUAAAGUCAAGACAAUUAAAGGCAUUUUGAUCAAAAUGCUCAUACUUUUUGUGCAAGAAAGUUUGUCCCAGCAGUUGAUUUCACAUAUAAGAGUUGAACAUGGUUAUUAUCCUGGAUCAAAGUUCAAGUUGUUUUGUUGUCAGCCAAGUUAUAGGCUUCAGCUUCAAACUGAUGCAGGCUUUAGAAAGCACCUCAACACUGUUCAUAGAGGCGUAGAACAAAUUGUUUUUUCCCGCUCCCAUCCAAGUCUUUUUGUUAUUCUGUCAUGUAAUAUGUUUUAUUUAACUGCAUGAGAGUGAAAUAUUAAAUAUUUUUUAAAUUACA